CUUGGGCAGUUGCACAUGGUCUGUCUCUCUCAAGUCACCUGCAUAUCAGUGCUAAUUCAUCACGAAAUAACCACGCAUCUUCAAUUGUCUUUUUGAAUAAUUACACCAUUCAAUCAGACUUACAUAUAUAAGUUCCACAACCGAAUGGACGACUGGAGAAGAAAUUACAGGCUGUCAUGGAAGAACCAAAAUUUCUUUAUCCUAUCAGUAUUUCGGGUAAUACCGUAACACUCUCAAGAACUCGGCUCUUAAUCCUGCUACUCGCCUCCAGUUUUGUCAUCCUCUGCCAUGGAGUUGAACUUGAAGCUGCUGAUGGCUACAAGCGUAUAAACAUUGGUGCAAUCAUUGAUAAUGGUAAUUCCCGAAUAGGGAAAGAACAAAGAGUGGCAAUGCAGAUAGCAGUUCGAAAUUUUAACAGUGUCCUGAAAAAUUACAAGCUAGCUCUUUACUUCCGCCACCCUGAUAGAGAUCUCUUAAAUGUUUCUAUUGCAGCUGAAUCGCUGUUAAAAGAACAUGAAGUCAAGGUGAUUAUCGGCUUGGAGUCGUGGGGAGAAGCAGCUUUACUUGCUAAUAUCGUACGCCGAGCCCAAGUUCCUGUCCUAUCGUUUGCAGAACCUCCCAUUUCAACACCGCUAACGGUGAAUCGCUGGCCUUUAUUGGUAACAAUGACUAACAAUAAAGCUGAACAGAUUAGAUGCGCUGCAGCUCUUGUUGGUUCCUAUAAUUGGAGAAAAGUUAUUGUCAUUUAUGAAGAUGAUGCGAUUGGUGCAGACACUAGGGACUUGGUAAAUUAUCUGUCAGGAGCUCUUCGAAAUGUUAAUUCGGAGAUUGAGCAGCAAUUGGUUCUUCCGCCAUUUUCUUAUUUGACUAAUCCAAAAGAAUAUGUACAAGAAGAGCUGGAGAAACUACUACAAAAGCAAUCUCGGGUUUUUAUUGUUCUUCAGUUAUCAUCAUCUACGACGAUUCAUCUUUUUAGAGAGGCAAGGAAGAUGGGAUUUAUGGGGGCAGACUCAGUUUGGAUAACCACAGAAACCAUCGCUAGUUUGCUUGACUCGCAUAACACUUCUGUUAUCUCUUCUAUGGAAGGUGUUCUCGGAAUCAAGUCAUACUUCUCUGAAGAUACUACUUCUUACCAGCACUUUAAAGCUCAAUUCAAAACCAAAUUUCGAUCCGAGAAUCUCGAGGAAGAUAAUUCUGACCCUGGAGUUUAUGCCUUAAAGGCUCACGAUAGCAUUAAAACAGUUGCAUUGAGCCUGGAGAAAAUGACAAGUGACGAUAGUUUUUCUUCUGCAGUCUUGUUGGAAAAAAUAUUAUCAAGCAACUUCACAGGCUUAAGCGGCGAAAUAAGUUUCGAAGAAGCCAGGCUGCGGCAUACUACCGCAUUAAGGCUUAUAAAAGUGGUUGGAAAGAAGUACAAAGAGCUAGAAUUUUGGUUACCUGAGUUUGGAUUCUCAAAGACCCUGGAAAUUGAAAAUGGAAGCAAGGAGAACAAUAGCAGCAGCAAAGUUGGUUAUGGUGCUGUGACUUGGCCUGGUGACUUAAAGCCAGAUAUUCCUAAAGGCUGGGCAAUGCCUACUGAGGCAAAGCCUCUCAUAAUUGGAGUUCCAGGCAGAGCCUCAUUCGACAAGUUUGUGAAGGUUUCCCUGGACAGCAAUCAUUAUGAGGGUUUUUGCAUUGAUCUUUUUCGCGAGGUGUUAAAAGUUUUGGAGUAUGCUCUACCAUACAAAUUCGUUUCAUAUAAUGGCUCCUAUGAUGAUCUUGUUGAGUAUGUCCAUAACAAGAGCUUUGAUGCAGUUGUGGGCGACAUAACCAUACUACAUGAAAGAGCCAAAAAUAUGGAAUUUACAGUACCAUAUGCGGAGUCAGGACUGUCUAUGAUCGUUCAACUUCAGACUGAAGAAUCAGUUUGGAUGUUCAUGAAACCUUUCACCAAGGAAAUGUGGGCGGUGACUGGUGGCAUCUUGAUCUACACAAUGUGCAUAGUUUGGAUCUUAGAGCACCCAUAUAAUCCUGAAUUUCGUGGGCCGUGGAGAAAUCAGAUUGCCACUGCUCUUUGGUUUACUUCCUCUUCUCUUUUCUUUGCUCACAGGGAGAGAGUUCACAGCAAUCUCACUCGGCUGGUGGUUGUUGUGUGGCUUUUCGUGGUGUUGAUAUUAAACUCAAGCUACACAGCCAGUCUAUCUUCAAUGCUCACCGUCCGACGAAUGAAACCAGAUCUAACGGACAUUGAGUGGCUUAAGAGAGCCAAUUUGAAAGUUGGUUGCGACGGUGAUUCAUUUGUGAGGAAGUACCUACAAAAUGUGAUAGGGUUCAAAUCAGAAAACAUCUUGAAUGUCUCCUAUGAAUACGAUUAUCCAAAGUUUUUUCAGAACAACUCAAUAGCCGCUGCCAUUCUUGAACUCCCAUACGAGAAAGUUUUCAUGGGACAGUUCUGCAAGAAUUACACUGCCACCACACCCACCACCAGAUUUGGAGGAUUAGCCUUUGCAUUCCAAAAGGGAUCCCCCAUAGCAGCUGACUUUUCUGAAGCUAUUCUCAAGCUGUCAGAGAAUGGAGUCUUAAAGAAACUGGAAGAAAGUUGGUUUGCUUCUUCACGGGAGUGCUCAACCAACUUAUCUAACGAUGAAACUGAAAGCUUGGAACUCAGCAGCUUCUGGGGUCUCUACCUGAUAUCUGGUGCCACUUCUACCCUUUGUGCUCUACCAUUUCUGGUUAAAUUGCUUAAGAAAUAUAGACAAAAUCAAGCGGCAAGUCAAGGCAAUGUAACUUUGAGUGAAUUAAGCUUUUGGAGCAAGGUGGUUAGGUUUGCAAAAUACAGUCCUAAUAAUAGCAGUGGAACAAAUGAGCCGGGGACUGCAACCGGGAUUUCAGCUUUAGCGUUGGCUCAAACACCAGAUGUAUAUGAAUCGAGGUCUGGAAGAUGGGAAUAUCAAAGUUCUUCUGGCACUCCAUCCAACCUUCAGACAACUUCACAAGUUGAUUUUGAAAUGGAGGAUAUCCCGCUUGGUGGCUGAGGUCGAAUUGAUCUGUGUAUAUUGUACUGUCAUAUUAUAUAUAUAUAUAUACACAGACACAGUUAAUACUCGUAUAAGAAUCUUAAUUUUCAUACUUUAUCAUUUUAUAUACAUACAUGUGUUAUCAUGUGAUUGACUA